AUGGCCAAUAGUGAAAACAACUUGGCGGUGAACCGGUUAAAGUGUCGAAAGGUUGGUUAUGAUGCAGAUCAACCCCCGUCUUACCCACUGCAGUUCGCCUGCCGCCAGAACAGAGCAACAGCGGAUGCGAUGUUGCUGGCUCUCGACUCUGCACUGGACCACUUGGCCAACAAGAGCAUAGGUAGUGGAGCUACAGCGGUGGUUCAGGCUGCCUACUGCAUCCCAAAGAAGGAACGAGUUGCAAUCAAACGCAUCAAUCUGGAGAAAUGUCAGACCAGCAUGGAUGAACUCCUGAAAGAAAUUCAAGCAAUGAGUCAGUGCCACCACAGAAACAUUGUGUCGUACUACACCUCGUUUGUGGUGAAGGAUGAGCUCUGGUUGGUGAUGAAGUUGCUCAGUGGUGGGUCUGUGCUCGAUAUCAUCAAGCACGUGGUCGCAAGGGGGGAUCACAAAAAUGGAGUGUUGGAGGAGGCAGUGAUCGCCACCAUUCUGAAAGAAGUACUCGAGGGCCUUGAUUAUCUGCACAAAAACGGGCAGAUUCACAGAGAUGUGAAGGCAGGAAACAUUCUCCUCGGUGAGGAAGGCUCGGUGCAAAUUGCAGAUUUUGGUGUAAGUGCAUUCCUGGCAACAGGCGGUGACAUGACCAGGAAUAAAGUGAGGAAGACCUUUGUUGGCACACCCUGUUGGAUGGCCCCUGAAGUUAUGGAGCAGGUGAAAGGGUAUGACUUCAAAGCGGACAUUUGGAGUUUUGGAAUUACAGCCAUUGAGCUGGCUACAGGAGCGGCUCCUUAUCACAAAUACCCACCUAUGAAGGUCUUGAUGCUAACGCUUCAGAACGAUCCUCCCUGUUUGGAGACGGGCGUACAAGACAAGGAAAUGGUGAAGAAAUACGGCAAGUCUUUUAGGAAGAUGAUUUCACAGUGUCUACAGAAAGAUCCGGAAAAAAGACCUACAGCAGCAGAAUUUUUAAAGCACAAGUUUUUCCAAAAAGCAAAGAACAAGGAAUACCUUGAAGAAAAAUUGCUAGCUCGAGCACCCACGAUAGCUGAAAGAUCAAAAAAGGUGAGGAGGGUUCCAGGCUCCAGCGGUCGACUGCACAAGACGGAAGAUGGCGGCUGGGAAUGGAGCGAUGAAGAAUUAGAUGAAGAGAGUGAAGAAGGGAAGGCUGCCGUGUCUCAGUUGAGGUCUCCCCGAGUGAAGGAUUGUCCACAGGGUCCAAAUCUUUACGUGUCAGCGGAAGGACCCGGCUCCAACGUCGCAGUCCCUGCCCAAAUCCCACAGGUGCUACCUCAGCCAACGCCCAAAGUACCUGACGCCAGUGCGGUGCCUGCUGCCCAGCCGCUAGUAAUACCGGUGAUCCCUACAUCUGUGGUCAUGCCAGACCCCAGCCAGAAACCUCCAGCUCAGCACCAACUCCCUGCAUCUCAGUUGCCUCCCGGUUGUCUUGCUGCCGAUUUACACCAAACACCCAUUAGCCUUGUGUUAAGAUUGCGGAACUUGAAGAAGGAGCUGAAUGACAUAAGAUUUGAAUUUACUCCUGGUAGAGAUACGGCAGAUGGUGUUUCCCAAGAACUUGUGUCUGCAGGUCUGGUUGAUGGAAGAGAUGUCGUCAUAGUUGCUGCAAAUCUACAGAAAAUAGUGGACGAACCAGCUGUAAAUAGAUCUGUCACGUUCAAAUUGGCCUCUGGACUGGAAGAAACCGAUAUUCCUGAUGAUGUUAAACUCGUAGGAUUUGCACAACUUACCAUUAGUUAAAUCACGCUACAAUGAAACAUAGACCUGCUGACCCCCACCUGUGAAUCUCUCGCCGGUGAUGGUCUGAGGAAACGUACUGCCAAAGAGCGAUGGUCUUUGCCCGUAGAACUCGCAAUGUUUGCCCCUGCCUCUCUCUCUCUCUCUCCCCCCGUAACCAGGAAGGUCCAAAUAGCAGUGAACUGAGUGUUUGCUUCCACUGUGCUAGAACGGAGUAUUCGCCCUCGAUAGCUUAUGCAAGGUUUCCGCUUGCUGAGAUAUUCCCCCCCCCCCCCCCCGAAAUCUGAUGUGGGGUGCCUGACGUGGGUGAACUAAGAAUUGCCGGCUCUCUCUGCUCUUUCUCUUCCUCUUCCUCCCUUCCUCCUCUGCCCUCCAACUCCUCCCCCCGCUCCCUCCCUCCCUCCCCACCAGCCUCCCGACUUUCCUCUUCAAUAAUUGCCUUAUUUUUUUACUGUGCUUUACGGAUCAGUGAAGGAGAGGCAACCUCCCCACAGUUCUCCAAUCAGACCGAGAGAUUUGCGUGGUUGCGUGAGUGACGAGCCCUUUAAUUGAUCAGCCUUUUUUCCUUCAAGAAAUCAUAACACAUACGGAUAUGAAUUGAAUUGCAAUCCACCCCGGGGACAUAUUUUUCUUUGCAAAAUGACUGCAGCCCAAAAGCGAUAUAUGCAGCAUGUAUUUUGGUGCGUGGAUCUCUUGCCCACACCUCUGGCUUCCAGGCACAUUGUUAACUGCCUUUGCUGUGAUCUGCUGCAGCUAGAAUUUCUCUCUUCCUUUCUGCAUUAACGAUGAAACCGAAUUUAAAUAUAACUAUGAAUUAAUUAAUGAAGAAUAAUUUGCUUUUUUCCAUUUGUGUACCAAAAGCCGUCAUGGCGUAAAUCUGCAUCCCACCGGUUAUUGCGUACAAAUAAUGUGUAAACUAAUCAACUUCCCAAUCAGCUCGGUUUCCUUCCCCUGGUGCCAACAAGGAAGAAGCUGGAUCUGAGGAACUUUCUAACUGUCCGAUCUUUCAGCUCAAAGUGAUUUCCAAGUUUCAGCUGUGAAUGUUCAAUUGCAUUGAUUCUCUUGAAAGGUUGAAGGCGCCAUUUGGUUUCAAGUCUCGGUAGUUUUUGUUUUUGGAGUGAUUUGUUAAAAGUUGUUACUGAUUCCGGGCACGUAAUGGAAAAAUGAUACAAGAUGUUCUGCAUUAUUGUGACUGGGGCUCAUACAAUGUAUUGGUACGAUCAUGCUAUUGAAGAUUACACGUAAGCCAAUACACUUUAAAGUUGCACUAAA